GGCCCUUGUCGUGGCAGUCAUAAAACUAGUAAGGUGAAUCCCCUUGGAGUAUUUCGGUUUCUGUUCCCUGUUGUUGGCUGACUAAAAGAAGACUGCACAAUUUCUCGGGUGAUUUUGAAAACCCCCCAACGAAAACAACUUUCUCUGUUCCAAGUGUCCCUGCUCAAAGCAAGAUGGCGACAGGUCUCCGGGUGAUACGGGGUCCUGAUUGGUCGUCUGGAAAUAAAGAUGGCGGAGAGGGGCAUGUUGGGACGGUGGUGACCUACGGAAAGGACCAAACGGCUGAAAUUAUCUGGGAUAAUGGAAACCAAACAAUUUCGAGUAUAGGGAAAUGCAACAAGUUUGAGCUGAGGGUGUUGGACAACGCUACAGUUGGUAUUCGGCAUCAGAGCAUCACGUGUGACGAGUGCCGUGAAGUGGGUGUUGUGGGCAUGCGCUGGCACUGUACGAGAUGUGACGACUAUGAUCUGUGUUCGCUGUGCUACAGCACGGGAAAGCACGAUCUAACACAUCCCUUCACCCGUUACGAAACCCCCAAGUCGCAACCGGUGACUGUACCUGCGAGAAAUAAAAGCCUGAAGGUGAACGCUCUGGGAAUAUUCCCGGGGGCCACUGUCGCUCGUGGGACUCACUGGGAGCAGAAUGAUACAGACGGUGGGCGUGGCAAGAGAGGCACGGUGAAAUCAUUGGUUACUCCGCAUCCUAAAUCGCCACGGUCAGCUGUAAAUGUCAAGUGGCAGUCAGGGAAGUUCAGCGUUUGUCGUGUGGGUUACAAGGGGAAGAUGGACAUCAAGUACACAGAUGAGGCGCCUGGGGUGGAGUACUACCCCCAACAUCUACCAGUUUUAGAAAUGAAACUCAAAAUCAUGGAAAAGGGAAGUCUUCACAAAGUGAACGAACGACACAAAGGAAUCUCGUGUCUACACGUUGCCGCUUAUGAAGGGAAACUACCCAUUGUCAAGUUACUUUUAGAAAAUAAAUCUGACAUAAACGCGACAGACGACGACGGUGACACACCAUUAAUGAUAGCUACUUUUAGAAAACACACAGAAAUUGCCGAGUACUUGGUCAGAGCUGGUGCCCAGUUGGACAAUGCUAACAACAAAGGAAGGACCGCGGUUCACAACGCCGCCUACACAGGCCAAACGACGCUUAUAUAUGCUCUGAUUGGACGAGGCUCUGACGUCAACGUCAUGGAUGAGUCAGGGGACACACCUCUUCAUAACGCCAUUGCUAAGGACCACACAGCAGCGGCUGAGCGAAUUCUGACGUCACCGAAAGUAGAUUUAACGAAAACCAACAAACGGGGAUUCAACCUUCUUCACUGGACAACGUUGAACGGCAGACCUGGAUCGCCCACGGUCAGGAGCACCUUGAGUGACGUCACGUUUCGAAGACCAACAAAUAAGGUUACGUCAUCUACGCAAUCGCUGUAUGACUUCCGUUUCAACAUCACGACAAUUGUUCAGGGGGAGGGUGACACCACAGACCAUUCGAAACCGGUUGCGCGCUGCCAGACGUCCUUACGUUGGACCAAUUUCGACGGCAAAUCAUCGUGUUCAGCGUUUACACUGGGCACGGAGACAUAUGGCAAACGAAUUGGAAAAUCUGAACAAACUGCCAGGACACUUUUCUCUGUUCCAAGUGUCCCUGCUGAAAGCAAGAUGGCGACAGGUCUCCGGGUGAUACGGGGUCCUGAUUGGUCGUGUGGAAGUAAAGAUGGCGGAGAGGGGCACGUCGGGACGGUGGUGUCCUAUGGAAAGGAUCAAACUGCUGAAAUUAUCUGGGAUAAUGGAAACCAAACAAUCUCGAGUAUAGGGAAAGGCAACAAGUUUGAGCUGAGGGUGUUGGACAGUGCUCCAGUAGGUAUUCGGCAUCAGAGCAUUACGUGUAACGAAUGUAACGAAGUAGGUGUUGUGGGCAUGCGCUGGCACUGUACGAGAUGUGACGACUAUAAUCUGUGUUCGCUGUGCUACGUCACGGGAAAGCACGAUCUAACACAUCCCUUCAGACGUUACGACACCCCCAAGUCGCAACCUGUGACUGUAUCUGCAAGAAAUAAAAGCCUCAAGGUGAACGCUCUGGGAAUAUUCCCGGGGGCCACUGUCGCUCGUGGGACUCACUGGGAGCAGAACGAUACAGACGGUGGGCGUGGCAAGACAGGCACGGUGGAAUCAUUGGUUACGCCGCAUCCUAAAUCGCCACGGUCAGCUGUGAAUGUCAAGUGGCAGUCAGGGAAGAUCAGCGUAUGUCGUGUGGGUUACGAGGGGAAGGUGGACAUAAAGUACACAGAUGAGGCGCCUGGGGUGGAGUACUACCCACAACAUCUAUCCGUCUUAGAUGAUGUCGGCGCUAAGGCUCCUAUUGACAUUACACCAUCAGAAACGGAGUUUAAAGUGGGAGACAAAGUCUGUAUAGAGUUAGACGCAUCGACACUGAAACAAAUCAUGGAAGCCCGAAAUGGAUGGUCUGUUGGAAUGGCCAAGUGUAUUGGACAGACUGGGCUGGUGACAAGUUUCGCCGAUAACGGAGACAUAAACGUGGAGUUUGGAAAAAUAAAGUACAGACUAGUGCCCAACGUACUGAGAAAGAUCGAACCUCUAGAGGUUGGAAGCGUUGUUAGAAUCACGGAUGACAUGAACAAGGUAAAGAUGUUGCAGGAAAAUCACGGCGAAUGGGCGGAUGGCAUGAGCAAGGUUUUGGGUAAAGUGGGCCGUGUUAAGAAAAUCGACGCUGACGGCGACGCAGUUGUUCUAUUUGGCAGACGACAGUGGAUUUUCAACCCGGCGUGCUGCACCCCAGUCUCCGCGUCGGAACUGACCUCGAAGUCAGACUCCGACGAUGAUUCUGAUGACAAAGAACUCACAGCAUCAGAUUUAUCGGAUAAUUUAGCGAAUGCCUUACUUGGAAUGAUGUUGAUGGGAAUGAGGGAUUCGGCUCGUAAUACUGGAAUCCAACACCUGAUUAAAGCAACUAUAGAUGGUGAUGUCGCAAAAGUUAGAGAUAUUAUCGCCCAAAAUCCACAAGUUGUGAACGAGCGACACAAAGGACUCUCGUGUCUACACAUUGCCGCUCAUGAAGGGAAACUACCCAUUGUCAAGUUACUUUUAGAAAAGAAAUCUGACAUAAACGCGACAGACGACGACGGUGACACACCAUUAAUGGUAGCUACUUUUAGAAAACACACAGAAAUUGCCGAGUACUUGGUCAGAGCUGGUGCCCAGUUGGACAAUACUGACAAUAAAGGAAGGACUGCGGUUCACAACGCCGCCUACACAGGCCAAACGACGCUUAUACAUGCUCUGAUUGGACGAGGCUGUGACGUCAAUGUCAUGGAUGAGUCAGGGGACACCCCUCUUCACGACGCCAUUGCUAAGGACCACAUAGCAGCAGCUGAGCGAAUUCUGACGUCACCGAAGGUGGAUUUGACGAAAACCAACAAACGGGGAUUCAACCCUCUUCACUGGACAGCGUUUAAGGGCAAAGACCUGGGUACAUUUUCGGGACAGUCAAGAUCAUCAAGUUCUCGACUUGUUAGAAUUGUAGAGAAAAUACUGCAGAGAAAUAAAAGUAUCAUCGACUCUAAGAAGGAGGAUGGAUUCACGGCACUACACCUUGCAGCAAUAAACGACCAUACAGACAUUGCAAGAGUUCUCAUUAAACAGGGAGCUAGUGUAAAUUCGAAAGCAAACAAAGGAUCAACUCCUUUACAUCUUGCUUGUGUCGAAUGCUACAUCGAGCCCAUUCAAGUGCUGAUAUCUGCAGGUGCCAAUGUUAAUGCAAUUGACAAUCAUGGAGACACACCCUUACACGUGACCAUGAUGCAGAACCAAGGAACUGACAUGUUGAAAGCACUUCUUGGACAGCUAGGACAAAGUACUGAUAAACGGGCGCAGAUUGCCACCUACCUGUUACAACACGGUGCCGAUAAAGGAGCCAAGAACCAUAGAGGGUUAACUCCUGCUGAGAUAUGCACCGAAGACAAGCUGAAGAGGGUGCUGCAAAAUUUCACACAAAUAAGUUCACCACCGAACAGCUCUGCUGGGAAUGCUACAGCUUCAGGUUUCGUUGAGGAUGUCCUGUGUUCCAGUUGUUUGAGGCAGAGGGCCAAUGUCAUCAUUCUGCCCUGCUCUCACAAAACCUUGUGCAGGGCUUGCUGCCAGAAUGUCAGACGGUGCCCUCUGUGUGGAAAAGACGCCAACAAAAAAAUUGGAGAAGAUGGCAACAGGAUUGGAAAUGAGUGUGCCAUUCAGUAAACGGAAGUGGAAGCGCCUAAUACUUUGCUUGAAUGCUAACUUGUGGCAUACGUCAUAGACUGUGAUUUAAGAAUCUUAUAAUCAAGGAACAUAUUUA